AAAUCUUCCUUUAAAAGCGCACCCCAAAAUUGUACCCGUACAACGCGAAACACAGGAUCAGAACUCCUCCCAUAUAUUCUCUGUCGCCCGCUCUCUUACAUAACCAUUUGAGAACCUUCAUUUUCUUUGGUGGUCAAUGAUGAAUCGUUUUGUGGUGAGGAGUUUGAUGCAGGGCCUGAUCGGCGGCUGUGAGCACAGCCGCCGUGGCAUUUCGACGAUGAGGGAGCACCAGAGUGUUGGUGCGCUUGGUGGCUUUUACUGGACCAGAACGAUGAGCUCGGUGGGGCCGGGGCCGACGACCGCCAACGUGGCGGAGAAGAAGGAGAAAGGAGGGGAAUCGAAGAAGAGCGACGAGACUGCGGUGGUGUCGAGCUAUUGGGGGGUGUCGAGGCCGAAGAUCAAGAGAGAUGAUGGGACCGACUGGCCUUGGAACUGUUUCAUGCCAUGGGAGUCAUACAAGGCAGAUGUAUCAAUAGAUUUGGAAAAGCACCAUGUGCCAAAGGUGUUUCUGGAUAAAGUUGCUUACAGGACAGUGAAACUUCUAAGAAUUCUAACCGAUGCAUUUUUUAGGAGACGGUAUGGGUGUCACGCAAUGAUGCUGGAGACCGUGGCAGCUGUUCCUGGUAUGGUAGGAGGGAUGCUGCUGCACCUGAGGUCUCUCCGCAAGUUCCAGCAUAGCGGUGGUUGGAUCAAAGCCCUGCUUGAAGAAGCAGAGAAUGAGAGAAUGCACCUGAUGACCAUGGUGGAACUCGUGAAGCCCAAAUGGUAUGAAAGACUGCUGGUUCUUACUGUGCAGGGAGUCUUCUUCAAUUCCUACUUUAUUGCAUAUGUACUCUCCCCCAAACUGGCCCAUAGAAUAACUGGUUACCUGGAGGAGGAGGCUGUAUACUCAUAUACAGAGUAUUUGAAGGAUGUCACUAGUGGAGCAAUUGAAAAUGUUCAGGCUCCCGCUAUUGCAAUAGACUACUGGCAGCUACCCAAGGAUGCAACCCUAGAGGAUGUUAUAACAGUGAUUCGUGCUGAUGAAGCUCACCAUCGGGAUGUUAACCAUUUUGCUGCUGAUAUUCACUUUCAAGGAAAAGAAUUGAAGGACUCGCCAGCCCCGGUCGGUUAUCAUUAAGAUGUACGUGUUCUGUAGGUUCAUAUAAAUUUUCAACAUCAUCUGCCAUUGUAUGUGGUGAGGACUACUUCUAUAGGAGGUACUAGGCAUUGGUUUAUCGAACGAGUUUAAGAGGAUAGAUGGUACAUGGAUUUUAAAUUCAAAUUGGUUGAAUUUAAGGACAGCUUCUCUAGUAUAUAUGUUGAGUUGUAAUCACAUAUUUCAGUUGGGUCUGUCAAAGCAUAUUGGUUGUUUUUGUAAUUUUAUUUGGAUGCAUGUUAGUAUAUCCUACAACCAAAUAAUAUAUAUCUGAAUAACUUUAAACA